AUGGAUCCCGGUGAUUACCCUCACACACCCGCUCUGAACGUUGCCAGCGUCAAUGGAAGGAAAAGGACAAUCGGACAAAAUGGAGACAGACCAGCAAAGAAGAGAAGGCUAGAAGCUGACGAUGAGUCGGCGUCCUGCUCAGUGGACAUUGCCACUACUAAAGCUGUGGAGCGAGGCAGAAGGUCGGAAGUGAAAAGGAGGAAGAAAAGGAGGAUUGCCUCAGGAGUCCGCCGAAAGGCUACCUUUGAGGAAAAAUACUGGCAGCUGGAUAAGCUUGGUGAAGGAGGAUUCGGAUACGUGUUUGCUGGCUUCCGCAAAUCAGAUUGUCUGCCAGUGGCCAUCAAACACGUGGAUAAAAAAUCUCUCCUCAAACCAGUGUGGCUAUAUGGGAAGGAGCUCCCUGCAGAGGUGGCCGUAAUGUUAAAGCUAGCAGCUGAAAAAGAUGACUCUACGGGGAUGUCUGCCCCCAUAGAAUUGCUGGACUGGUAUGACCUGGGCCACGAGUUGAUACUGGUGCUGGAGAGGCCUUUCCAUUCCAAGGACCUUUACAAUUACACUGUUGACAAAGGGUGUAUACGGGAGCGGAAGGCCAAGAUCCUUAUGAGACAGCUGGUGGAUGCUGCUAUUGGGCUGGAGAAGAGGCACAUUUUUCACUCGGACAUAAAAGCCGAGAACAUCCUAAUUGAUAUAGGAUCUCGUAUCCCAGAGGUUCGCCUGAUUGAUUUUGGACUGAGCAAAAUUGUCGAAAAAAAAGACACAAUUUUCACCACACUCGGGGGCACCGAAACCCACGAACCUCCGGAGUGGUUCACACAAUAUUUCCACAGGGCUGGUCCGACCACAGUGUGGCAGCUUGGGAUUGUCCUUUUCGAAAUGCUCCACAAAGACGAUUUCACGACCGAAAGCUUUCUCAAUAAGACACUGAAAAUGUCAUCAAAGAUGUCAAAAAAGUGCUACGAUUUCCUUCACCUUUGUUUGAGGGAAGACCCUGUCCUGCGCUCCACCCUGACAGAGCUCCAACAUCACAGAUGGCUGAGAUGA